AUGCAGCAAGGGGCUGUCAGAGGAGGGGAGCGGGGCACACGCGGGUGGGAGUGGCCGUGCUGGGCUCUGAGCACGGGGGCUGUCCCUGUCCCUGUCCCUGUCCCCGCCCCUGCCUUGCAGCCUUUCUCCAGGACUGAAAUCGUCGGAUUUACCAUCGGCUCCGUCUCCUCCGUGCUCUACCUGUGCUCCCGAGUGCCCCAGAUCUGCACCAACUACAAGAGGAAAUCCACCAGUGGGGUGUCCUACUCUCUCUUUGCCCUGGUGAUGCUGGGCAAUUCCCUGUAUGGGCUCAGCGUGCUGCUGAAGAACCCAGAGCCAGGCCAGGGCCAAGGUGAUUACAUCCUGCACCACCUGCCCUGGCUGGUGGGCAGCCUGGGCGUGCUGGCCCUGGAUGUGGCUGUAUCCUUUCCCCUGGCUGGAUCCAUCCUGCAGGGAGUGGGAUUUAGGGCUGGGCAGGAGGGAGGGUGGUGCUGA